GCCGAGUCUCUUUCUCUGGAGUUCUUUUCUGCCUUCCUUUCUUCUCUCUCGUCUCCUGUCUCUGUCUCCUUGAAUUCGCCUCGCGCCUCUCCCGUCUUUUCUCCCCGUGCUUCGCUUCUGCUCGGCUCGAUGCUCGCUGCGGUUGACCCUUUCGCUCUCCUCGUUCCCUUUUCCUGCGCGACUUCCGCUCCCGGUUGCUUCGCCUCUCUGUCCUUCUUCUCUGACAUUCUCGCUCGUCUUCACCUCGACUCCGCUCUCUCCAACUUCCUCUCCGCUUCUGUCCAUGAGAGCAGACGACGCAGCGAUCCCCUCUUCUCGGCCGCAGCCCUCCAACUCGCUCGUCACCCAGCGAAGUCUCCUCUCCUCUUCCUGCUUCUUCUUCUUUUUUCUCCUCUUCGUUUUCUUCUUCUUGUCGGCAGUUGUGCCCUCGCCUCUCGCGUUCAGAGACGCGCGAGCGGCCCCGCUGCAUCUCGGAACGCGUUCGGUGAAGAUGCGUCUGCUGGCCCAGUGCCUCGGCGACCGCCGCAGCAGUCUCUCUCUCCAUCCCCCGCCUGUCUUUGCGGCCUCAGUGUCCGCAAAACGUCUGAACAGAACCUCCGAGGACAAGGCAGGCCACAGCAUUAAAAGCAAAGAGAGAAAACGAGGAGAGAAUUCAAGGGGGGAGAGUCAAUGGGGGGAGCAUCCAAGAGGAGAAGGGCAGGAAAUUAAAGAGAGUUCUUUAUGCAACACGGAGCAGAGAGGCAACGCACACUCUCAGGAGAGUUUCAAGAUUUACACAUUGCUCGCGUGCGCUUCACCUCUAUUCCUUUCACGACUUUCUUAUGGAUUAUUUCCGUCCGCUUUCCUUCCUGCCGCUUUCUUCUCUCCAUACGAGUCGCGAACUUUUUUUUCUUCUGCUCAUCGUUUAGCCUCGCAGCUGACCCCCUCUCUUGUUACACCCACUACCAUGCCCCGAAUCCGGUUCACUGCUGCUGGCUCCUCUUUCUCGCAGACUUUCCGUACUCCGAGUUGCUCAUCUUAUCGCCACCGCCUCUACUCUUCUCAUCGCCUUUUCUUUCCUCGUCCUUCCUCUGUUCCUCUCUCUUCUCCUCGCUCUCCUUUCCCUCUCAUAUGUCCUCCGUCUUUCUCUUGUUAUACGCUCCCUCUGACUUCUCUCCCUUGUUCUUCUCGCUCGUGUUCUUCCCUUGCUCCUUCUUGGUUCGCUGCCUCGCGCUGCCAACCUGCACCUCUCUCGCCUUCUCUCCGCUUCCCCGACACAGUGUCGCGACGCCACUGGGAAGAGGCCUCGUUCACCAUGCCAGCGUCGGGAGUGAGGUCGACGCCUGCCGAGGUCUCCCCUCGUUUUUCUCGUGCGCCUUGUCCACUCUUGUUCUGUCCCUCGCCACCCAGAAAGGAAGGCGGCCUUGCAUGCACUCCGCAGCGUGCCAGAAACCUCACUACAGCAGUCAAACAUGAGGAAACUGAGAACCUUAGAGAUCUCCGCCUUCUUGAACAGUGGUUCCUUCCCGCAUCGCCCUCUUCUUCUCUCCACUCUUCUUGUCCUCCCUCUUCUUCUCCACCUUCAUUAUCAUCAUCUUCUUCUCCACCUUCUUCAUCUUAUUCAUCUUCUUCUCCGUCUGCGCGUCUGUUUGUGUUGGUUUUGAAUCGCCCUCUGCCUGCGUAUGCUCAACGGCUGCUGGCGUCUUGCACCUCGUACGUUGUGUCCGACGGAGGCGGGAACGCGCUUCUCGAGCUCUUCCAGAAGGAAGAGGAGGCGGCGAGGAGGGCGCGCCAGGCCGACGGUCUCCAAGAAGCGGCAGAUUCUGGGUGCCACGAAGCGGCGAGGUCCUGUGAGGUUUUCGGCGAAGAGGAUCCAAAGUCUUCGGAGACCCAAGACGGACGGCCUGGGUCGUGCGUGGACUGGAGAGACAAAGAAGGACGUCCGGCAAACCGCAGGGGCGCUACGAAGCUGCCGGAGGCUCUGUGUGGAGACUUGGAUUCCUUGUCGGAUGAAGCGAAAGAGUACUUCGAAACGCGCGGGGUGCCUGUGCUCUGGUGGGAGGAUCAAGACUUGCCGGACGUGGAGAAAGCUUGGAGGCUUCUGCUUGCUCCGAAGCGGUUUUCAUCAAAUGACGUUGUCAUCAUUCUCGGUGCGAUUGGCGGCAGGCUCGACCACACGCUCUGUGCAAUCCAUGUUCUGUACAAACUUACGGCUGAACACGAGGCAGCCGAGGCGAGGGCGAAGGCCGUGGAAAAGAGAGAAGGAAACGGCGAGGAAUCGAGAGAAGGACAGAGGGGAAACGCGACCCCGGCUUCCGGUAAAAGCGCUGCAGACGGUUCAGGCGUAUCUCCACCUUGCCGCCCCCCUGCGCGCGUCGGCCCUCUUCCUCAGAUUUACCUCCUGGGAGAAGACUCCCUGUGUUUCCUCGUUUCAAAGGGCCGGACGCGAGUGAUUCCCUCCGACCUCCUGAUCACCAGGCAGUGCGCCCUUAUCCCCUGUGGAGAGGCUGUCUCUGGGGUCACGACAGAGGGGCUGCGCUGGAAUUUGACUCCCGAUAUGCGGCUGAACUUUGGAGAAUUCAUUUCAACCUCCAACCAGAUCUCGGAAGAGGUUCUGGCGUCCGCGAAAAGCCGGACAGACGCCUCCUGCGGAGUCUCUAUCGACGCAGCGAUGCCGUUGCUGUGGUAUUCUCAGAUGCGCCUGCAGCCCUCGGGCGCAUUUGAGCCUCCUCUUGAAAAGUCGCAUGAGUCUUGAUUCACAAUCGCAGAGGAUGCAGCAUGCACCCAGAAGACGAAAUAGAUUUAACAUUUAAAGCCUCUCAGCGUAGCCGAUUUCGUCACGUGUUUGUGUGUAUAUACAUACGUGAAUACAUUCUAUUUAUACACACACGUAUAUUUGUAAAUAUAUUUAAAUGUAAAUAGGUUGAAGGUGGAUGGUGGUGCAUCCCGUUCGUGUGAUAUCGGGGUGGCUCUGUUCAGACUUGUAAAUGUUCCAAAGGAGGUACUCGCUGGAUUUCCUGCACUGAUGUUUGAUCCGUUUUUUAUUUCGUUGUGCAAACGUUGAUGACCUCGUUAGGGAGCCUCGAGUCUCUACAGAAAACAACGUGCCGCGCCCCAAGUCCGGAGAGCAGUAGGGUAAAUGUCUCCCUCUCUCUGUCGAGAGAGGUUUCAGAGAGUCCUUCAGUCUCCUUUCAGUUCGUUUGAACGAUCUUCAAGUGCUCCUACGGGCGUUCAUGAAAGCUUCGUUGAGAGCUUGACCCGCAUGCAACAAAAAUGAUUUCCGUGGAUUCGUCCUCGCUGAAACAGGUGCAAGUGAAUCCAAAAAGACAAAACAGGUGUCUC